GCGCGUCUCCAAACUUUGUCCACUUCAAAAUACAGUCUGUCACGAGGGACCGGGUUUAUCUAUCAGUUUCCAGGUGUGACAUUGCAACGCAUCCACACUGAACACACCGCUGGACCCCCUGCAGGCACCAAUGCGGUUCGCAGGAACUGGUGUCAGUACACAGUGUCGAAGACUGUGUCAUGCCAGGUGCACAACGGGACAGAGAAGCUGGUACAGCGUAUGUUUCAGAGUUGCCGGUGGCCGGGACCCUGUUCUAACCUCAUCAGUUACAGGACCAUUGUCCGGCCCACAUACAUGCUAACGUAUCGCCAGGUGACGGCGUUGGAGUGGAGGUGCUGCCCAGGCUUUAUGGGCGACAACUGCAGAGAGGAAUGUAUGAACUGCACUGGCUAUACUGAUAUGAAUAAUAGACUGAGUAUCCUUGAGUCCAAGAUUGUGUUACUGGAGGAGGCAGGACCACCACCUCUCCCAUUCAGAUACUCCCCGGAUAGGUCUUCAGAUAACGAGGUGGGAGCACCCCAGCCCACCCCCAUGCCUCCCCCCACCAUUGGCCUACCAGGAGCAAGAGGCCCCCCAGGACCAGUUGGACCCCAAGGCGUGGUGGGACCCCCUGGACGCACCGGAGAGACAGGCCCCGAAGGGAAAUCUGGACCCAUGGGACCCAGAGGGCCCCAGGGCCAGCGAGGAGCCCCAGGGGAGAGAGGUGUACCUGGGCCAGCGGGUUCUCCGGGGCCAGCCUCUCCCUUCUCUCACAGAGGAGAUGUGUUUGGUCUGAGCGAGCUGGACCAGUAUGAAGAGGCUGCGCUCCCUUCACGGAAUAACCAGAAAGAUGUGACCGGUCCCCCAGGCCCCAUCGGACCCCCUGGACCCCCAGGCCAGCCUGGACCCACAGGGCCUGCUGGAAACACAGGUACCCCAGGCAGAAACGCUGGGUUUGGUCUCUCAGGCAAGCCUGGGGAUCGCGGACCUAAAGGAGACACUGGUGAAAGGGGACCCCCAGCACUCAGGGGAGAACAUGGUCAGCCAGGUGCACCAGGGCCAAAGGGUGAACCAGGAGAUAGCCAGGCUGAGGGGGAGGGGGUGCAGCAGCUGAGAGAGGCUCUGAAGAUCCUGGCUGAGAGGGUUCUCAUUCUGGAGCACAUGAUCGGCAUUCAUGAGAACCCACUAGAACCCGGUUCUGGCCUGGACAUCCUGUCAGACCUGGUGCCCAUGUUUAAAAACAAAAGGGCGGGACCCAAUACCCUGCUCCACUCUCUCGCCACGGGAGACCGGAAGCUGAUUGGAGAGGAAAGAAUUCCCACAAGGUCUCAGACUACAGGAUGGAAAAAUGCUUAGAAGAAAGAAACAGAUUAAGACAGAGUCAGAGACAGAGUUGGUGAUUUCCAUUGUUACUUGUAAUAUUAAAAAGAGAUCUACGCUACUCACCAUACUAUGGGCUACAGAUGUUAUUGAGUAGGCCUAUAUCUUUGUUUAAUCUAAUUCAAUAAAAAUAUUAAUCUAAUAAUAAAAAUCCUUAUUUUGUAAGAGAUUUAAGGAAUUUUUUCAUGUUGCAAUAAAGUUGACUAAAGUAGAAGUUUGUCUUUUGUUUGUAGGUAUUUUCACUUGGUAAUGAGUAAUAAGUAAAUAUUGUAGCGACCCGCACAGACAGCUGUGUGUGAUGAGUUUUGCCGUUAGUUGGUUGUGUUGUACUUACCAGUACCCAGUGUUCGCAGGGUCCGACAUGCCAAUCAACCUGAUAUCUGCCAACCACGGGAACGCCUGGAAUGUUCCAGUGCCGUGCAUCCUUGUGGUUGGUGGAGCGGUGGGGGAGAUUGGCAGGGGGAUGGAGUACCAGACGCUUAAGACCAUGCUUAGCCAUUGUUCUCUCUCUUUACAUUUUGUCUUAACAAGAGAUGGUCACUGUUGUUUUAUACUGUGAUCCUUGAUUUAUUUGGCGUGGGCUACAGCCAAACAGUAGCCUGUGUUGAGUUGGGUUAAUAAACCGGGAAUUCGUAAACUCAAUCGUCUGUCUGGACAUUUGUUAAUUUAUGAUCUAGCCAGGUCAUUACAUUAAGAUUAUAGAAAUUGCUCAUAGAUAACUAUAAAGUUACACUUCACUUGAAAUGGCUAAAUCCCAUUUAACAACCAGCUACAACCUUGUAUUCAUACAGAUAUUACAGUUAUGUGUUCAGUUGUGUAUUAGUGUGUUUAUUUUCUCACUCUGAUUGGCCUUCAGACGCUGACGAUUAGAAUGGGUAACGUACUUUGUAGGUAAACAUUAAUUACAAGGAAGUACCCCACAAGAUACACUUCAUUUUAACAAACAAAAUCUUGUAUAACACACCCCAGUCAGUGAGGUUGACCUAUAACCCAGAUGGUACACUUUAUGGGGGGCAAGUGCUAGCAACAACAUUUAGUGGAGAUUUUGAAGAGUGCCCAUUCAGGGGUAGGUAAUUAGAGCAUAUUGAGCUUCCAACCUUUGCAAUCUUGGACACCCAGCUAGGGUGACCACGUUUAAAACACCCAAAUGCAGUAAAACAGAAUGAUUUUGCCAGACAUUUGAGGAAUAGUGUAGCCUACACAUGAAUCUUUUCUUUCACACAGACACAAACAUCUUCCUCCCACUACACCAAGCAAACUAAUCGAAGCACACUUUUAUACCUCAUGCCAAAAUUGGGUGGUCUAGAAACGAGAGACCACUUGUGAGGCUAUUUUAUGAAAAUCUGGGAAUAUGUGGCCAAUGAAGCAUUUCUCGUUGGUCUCAGGGAAUGUAAACAGUUAGGGGGACUUUUAAAACAGGUUUGAGUGAAGUAGCAGCAAAUAUUGAAUGAGCAACUAAUGAGCAUGAAGAGUUUGAUGAAAUGACCUUAUCUUUCAGUCUAACACGGCUGUUUACUUACUUUUGUAGCUCUUUGACGUACACUUUUUGUAAGUACUGGUAGGUAACUGGAAUAUAGCCUAGAAGGAUUUGACAAAUGUGAUUGGUUGACGAUAUGACAUUGGCCUCUUGCACUGACAGAAUAUCACCACAUUGCACCACAUCCUGUUGCAACACAAUCUCACAC